CGGAAGCCGAGCUACCUACUUCCGUUUCCUGCCGGAAGUGUCUUACGGUUCCCGGCAAAAGGCUUUCGGGCAUUCUGGGCUGAACUCAGCGCUUGCAAUGGCUGCGUCUUUGGCGGGGAAGAAGAUCGUGUUUGUGACCGGAAACGCAAAGAAGCUGGAGGAGGUCAUUCAGAUUCUAGGAGAUAAGUUACCAUGCACUUUGGUGGCACAGAAAAUUGACCUGCCUGAGUACCAGGGAGAGCCAGAUGAAAUUUCCAUACAGAAGUGUCAAGAGGCAGCUCGACAGGUGCAGGGUCCUGUACUCGUGGAGGACACCUGCCUAUGCUUCAAUGCCCUCGGGGGACUCCCUGGCCCCUACAUAAAAUGGUUCCUAGAGAAGCUGAAGCCAGAAGGUCUCCACCAGCUCCUGGCCGGCUUUGAGGACAAGUCAGCCUAUGCACUGUGUACAUUUGCUCUCAGCACGGGGGACCCAGGCCAGCCAGUAGUCCUGUUCAGGGGCCAGACCUCGGGACAGAUCGUGAUGCCUCGAGGCUCCCGGGACUUUGGCUGGGAUCCUUGCUUUCAGCCUGAUGGAUAUGAGCAAACGUAUGCAGAGAUGCCGAAGGCUGAGAAGAACAGCAUUUCUCAUCGGUUCCGGGCCCUGCUCAAGCUACAGGAGUACUUUAGUGUGAUCGCUGCUGGUGGCCACUAGUGCCUUUGGCCAGGCAUGGUAGUGUACAACUUUAAUCCCAGAAUUUGGGAGGCAGAGGCAAACAGAUCUUUGUGAAUUCCAGGCCAGCCUGGUUUACAUGGCGAGGUCCAAGACAGCCAGAACUACAUAGAGAGACUCUGUCUCAAAAACAAAACAAAGAGUUGUUCUUGCAG